AUGUUCCCCUCGUUGCUUCGUCCAAAACUUCAACGUGGGCAGACCGAACAGUCCCCGUUCUCAACUUCCUCCCCGAGGUUUCGCCCACAUAACCCGCGACGCGUCCUCCGAGCCAAUGAAAGCAGUGAUAACGACCCAGAGCUUCGAGAAAUCGACGAUGAGAAUCUGGACCAGGUCUGGGAGGAAGAGGAAGAGGAUGGACCGCUUGAAUCCACACCUCUACUACCUAUGUUCUCUGCUACGCAUUUGGAUGCGCUGCCUGUCUACAACAUAACUCACGCCAUUCGUCCCUUGAUUGCCUCCCGCUGCGAAACCACCCUAACAUGGGACCAAUUACGCUCACCGCAAGUCUCCCAAUUCCUGAUCAAGCCGAUCCUGCAGAAGAUCAUGUCGGCCCACUUUUCGCGCGCGACCCUCUAUGCAUUGAUGGCCAAUUGUCUGCAAUUUGAGAGAGAAAUACAUCUAAGUCCCGGGAACAGCGGGGCAAAUCAAACGCGCGCGAUGGUCAGUGAAUUGUUAGCAAUAAAAUUAUUGCGGGAAUACUCGACCCGAGAAUUGAUCGACGCGCUGUCCUACGAGUUCUAUCCACUCCAGGGCCAGGAUCAAUCUACAAUACUAGUCACGACCCCUCAGCGAAAACGGGUGGUUGCUGCCCGUGUUUCAUGCUUGGAGGUCGCUAUUCGCUCACAGGCCAAGCGAUUCUUGGCUCAUCCGGUCGUGGUGCAACAAUUGGAGGCCAUCUGGGCGGGGACGGUUGUCUUCCACUCUGCCGCCGACAGUCUCCAUCGUCCUGUGAAUAUGAGUCAACGUAGCAAUAUGGAUUACGGAGCGGCAGUGGAUUCCAAUGGGGACAUUGCGACCGAGUCGCAUAACAAGACUCUUCGGCGCUCAGUGACAAUCUACAACCCCCGGGACGCAUCUCUAUUCAAAUUAUCCCGGCUGAGGGUGCCGCGCUAUCGACAAUUUCUUUCCACUUUAUCAUUUGCGGUACUCUUGGGACUGUUCCUGGCUGUACUAGAACAACGUAGCCGCAGGAUCACAUCCCUUGAAAUAGUGUUCUGGUUUUGGAGUGCCGGAUUCAUGCUUGAUGAAGUUGUAGGGUUCAAUGAACAAGGCUUUAGUCUUUAUCUGAUGAGCUUUUGGAAUCUCUUCGACGUUGGGAUUCUGCUAUUGCUUUUCGCCUACUAUUGCUUGAGGAUAUACGGCACAUUUCUGACCUACCCGAGAAGUCAAUUCAUCACCGACCAAGCAUUCGACGUUCUCGCCGCCACAGCUCCUUUGCUAUUUCCGAGGUUGUUUUCCAUAUUGGAUCACUAUCGCUACUUCUCCCAACUCCUCAUUGCUUUUCGGAUCAUGGCAUCGGAUCUAAUUGCCGUCUUCGUCCUCAUUGUAAUUUCUUGCUCUGGAUUUUUCGUCGCUUUCUUGAACUUUGGAGACAACAAAUCCCCCAAAGUGGUGGCUUAUGGUUUGUUCCAGAUGCUGAUGGGAUUCACGCCAACAGCAUGGGCAAUGUGGGAUGAAUACAACUUUUUAGGGAAGACGAUUUUGACUGUCUUCCUGUUCAUCUGUCAUUUUGUCGUCGUCACUAUUUUGAUCACGGUUUUGACUAAUUCGUUUAUGAGGAUUGUCCAGAACGCAAACCAAGAACAUCAGUUCUUGUUCGCUGUCAAUACCAUCUCAAUGGUCAAGUCUGAUGCCCUAUUCUCCUAUGUGGCACCUACAAACGUCAUUGCCUGGCUAGUCACCCCAUUCCGAUACCUGAUGCCGUUCCGUGAAUUCAUUCGGCUCAACCGGACCAUUAUAAAGAUAACUCACUUACCCAUACUGUUCACAAUUUGCCUUUAUGAGAAGACGAUCCUCAGUUCUCGAGUCGUCCAACCGAUGGAUCUAAUUGAACAUACCUCGCCGAAUGAAAGUCCAGCUCAGCCCAGUCGAUUCCGUGGCUUCAGCACUAGGGCAUCGGUUUUUAGGCGAGAGCCCUCUGUGGCAACAUACCAGAAGGAUCGAGCAUUAGAGGAAGUGUUUCGACGCCCAUACAGUGACGAUCGAAACCGAGGGCCACCGAGCACUGUGCAUGAACGCCAGACCAAUAACGUCAUCAAAAACUGGAUGCAGGAUAUUGGCUCUGGACCAGCCAAUGGACCCGAUGAUGGGGAUUCUCUAGAUGUGGUCCAACAUGGGAUGCAUCCGAAAAGACCGAAGUUUCCAUUCCGGGCUAGGUUGGCCAACCAAACUCGAGAUUUCACGGAAACGACUCGAUCAGUUGCUUCAAAUCCCGAGGACCGAACAAGCUGCGCUGCAAGCCCAGUCAUUCGGCCUCGGCGCACACGACCCUCCUUCUCGCCGACCCAGAAACGUCAACUUUCCCAUCAUACAGACAUGGAGGGCGACGAUGAACUUACCAGCAACGAUGGUGACUCAAAUGAUGACAAAUACUUGGCCCAGGGGUCCACGGGCAAAACAUCAUCUAACUCGGUUGGAGGCGCAGAGAAGCCCUCACCCAAGUUCUAUAGCUCUCGCCCAUCUACGGCAAGAAUGAUCUCACGUCGCAACAGCCCUACACGUCGUGUCAGGCAUACGCGGAAUGCUUCUGGGGUCACCAUGUUGUACAAUCCCGUUGGAUCUCCGAAUGAAGAGACGGAAGGCCGGACCACACCUCCACGGCCAGAUGCCGACUCGUCGGAUGGAGAAUCACGCCCUGGCAUAUCUACCUCAAUAGACCAGGGUACCAUAAAGCGUCACAUUCUAGACAUAUCUCGUCCUCGGAAUCCUCCGAUAGGACUGAAUCAUAUGUCUGUUCCAGAGGUGAACAGUAUCUACCUAUCUGAUCGGCCCACAGGGACACGGCCUAGAUCAUCGCAUCUUUUCGACCUGGGAUCUGAUCUAGGCGAUAACAGGGCCGUGGCGGGUGGCUUCGCCGGUGCCAUUCCAUCCAGUUUCCAGACCCAACUAGGGUUUGCCGCACCUGUCCUUCAUCGUGCAGUCCCAGCUCAAACCCAAGACAUGCUCAGCAAAUUGGUUCUAGCUCGCAUGAAUAACAUCGAAGAAGGAUUCCGUGAGGUGAUAAAGGAAGUCAAAGAUCUCCGCCGCAGCGAGUCUAGUCGCAGUCCAAGCCGACCCGAUGAGUCCCGGGGGGCUACACGUGAGAAGAAGAAGCGUGAAAAGAAAGACUCGAAGAAGAAAAGUACCAAUUCGCCCGGAAGCCGGGCUGGCAGUGGUGGAAACCCUAGCAAAGGAGAUGGGCCCGGUGGAGAUACCCUGCCAUCUACCUAA